AUGAGGAUCAAAUUCCCUCUGAUGGCCAUUGGCCUGGAGGUUGCCAUGAUUGUUUUAUAUGGACUAUUUGUUGAGUAUGAAACGGAUCAGAGCAUUCAGCAGUUCAACAUCUCCAAGCAAGUACACAUGGAAAAAUUCCUUGAUUUAUAUCCUUUGUUCCAAGAUGUCCACGUUAUGAUAUUCGUUGGAUUUGGCUUCCUCAUGACAUUCUUGAAGAAAUAUGGCUUCAGCAGUGUGGGCAUCAACUUAUUGAUUGCUGCUCUGGGCCUCCAAUGGGGCACAAUUGCUCAGGGCAUCCUGCACAGCCAUGGACAGAAAGUUCACAUUGGAAUAAAAAACAUGAUAAAUGCAGACUUCAGCACAGCUACAGUUUUGAUUUCUUUUGGAGCUGUCCUGGGAAAAAUAAGCCCAAUCCAAAUGUUGAUCAUGACCAUUAUUGAAAUUGCUGUCUUUGCUGGCAACGAAUAUCUUGUUGGUGAGAUAUUCAAGGCCUCUGAUAUUGGGGCAUCGAUGACGAUCCAUGCCUUUGGUGCCUACUUUGGCUUGACCGUAGCACGCAUCUUAUACAGACCUGGCCUGAGAGGAGGGCAUGAUAAUGAAGAAUCUGUGUACCACUCAGACUUGUUUGCAAUGAUUGGCACUCUUUUCCUCUGGAUAUUUUGGCCCAGUUUUAAUUCUGCCAUUGCUGAAGCCGGGGACAAGCAGUACCUGGCCAUCGUAAACACCUACUUGUCUCUCGCAGCCUGUGUGCUCACAAGCUAUGCGUUCUCCAGCCUUGUUGAGCAUGGAGGGAAGCUUGAUAUGGUUCACAUUCAGAAUGCCACCCUUGCUGGAGGAGUUGCUGUGGGCACUUGUGCAGACAUGGCAAUUAAACCAUAUGGCUCAAUGAUCAUUGGUAGCAUUGCAGGAAUUGUCUCUGUGAUUGGGUUUAAGUUCCUGACUCCACUUGUUGCUACUAAACUAAGGAUUCAAGACACAUGUGGGGUCCAUAACCUGCACGGUUUGCCUGGAGUGAUAGGAGGUCUUGCAAGCAUUGUGGCUAUCGCCAUGGGAGCAUCUAGCACGUCUACCAUGGUCAAUCAGGCUUUUGCACUGGGUGCUUCUAUCGGAACAGCAAUUGUUGGAGGGCUGAUUACAGGUGUAAUUCUUUUAUUACCUCUCUGGGAGCAGCCUUCUGACUGGGACUGCUACAAUGACUCUGUUUAUUGGGAGUUUCCUAGGUUGAGAGACCAUGACAAUCGCUUCCAUGAAUAUCACAACCAUCUGGAACAUGAAAUAUAA